AUGUUAUCGAUGGCGAAUCCUAAGAAAAAGGGUUCUGCCACUGCCUUUUGUCUCACUCCAGUUACCACUUCAAAAGAUGAUGCACAUCUGCUGAUGAUCGAACCACAGCAGCUGUUCGUUCCUUCAUAUCAUCAAUUAGACGAACGAGCGUUUGUGUUUAUCCUCAUAACUGAAUGUUGUUCUCGGUUUUUGGAGCACGCUGCUAUAUCAAAACGAUUGCAUCUACGAAAUGUACAAAAUUACCUACCUUUUGCCUUGUUUUCACGCACACACAAGUAUUAUUGGCAGUGUGGAUCCAAAUUAUACAGUGAUUUAAUACUAAGAAUAUGGUUUACUGCGGUGAACGGAUACGGUAGGAGGUUCGGCAUUCGCCGAACACCAUCAGACAAGAACUUCAAAAACGAAUCUACGUAUUGGAACAGUCUCGUCACAAAAAGAGAGGCAUAUUGCAGAAGAGAUAAGGAAUAA